AUGAGUGAAAUUAAAGUACAAGUAGAUGAAGGAAAAUUGGUCGGAGUCGUCGUAGAUGGCUACAACGUUCGUUAUUUUGCCUUUCGCGGAAUACCAUAUGCCAAACCUCCAGUAGGCGAACUUAGAUUUAAGGAUCCAGUACCAGCGGAACCAUGGUUUGGUGAAAGAGACGCGUCAAAGUACGGAAACAUAGCUGUUCAAGUAGAGCUUGUCACACACAAAGUUAUAGGAAAUGAAGAUUGCCUUUAUUUAAAUGUGUAUACUACAAAAAUCGAAUCCUCGAAAAAGCGUCCGGUAAUGGUAUGGAUAUACGGUGGUGGGUUUAUUAUAGGUUCUGGUGAUGCAGCUUGGUAUGGUCCCGAUUAUAUCGUGGAAAAAGACGUAGUAUUGGUUACUCUGAAUUAUAGAUUAGGCGUUUUAGGUUUUCUAAACCUUAAUAAUAAAGUGGCAGCAGGUAAUCAAGGUCUAAAAGAUGUAAUCUUAGCGUUAAAAUGGGUCCAAAAAAAUAUAUUAAAAUUCGGUGGAGAUCCAGGAAAUAUCACUAUUUUUGGAGAAAGUGCUGGUGGAGCCAUUGCACAUUGUCUAGCUCUGUCUCCAUUAACUAAGGGUUUAUUCCAUAAAGUGAUCGCACAAAGUGGCGUUGCUUCAAAUCCUUGGGCCUUCCAUGAAUGGACGGAUCAUGGUUUUCGGCUUGCCAAAAAACUUGGAAAAGCAACAUCAGAUCCGAAAGUCGCAUACGAGUUUCUAAAAACUAUUGAUGCGAAAAUACUUACGGAAAAUUCACAAUGGCCAAUUUGCACAGAAGCAGAGAGAUUGAGUUUUACCUUUUGCUUCACACCUAGUCUGGACACCAAAUCACCGAAUCCAGUUUUUCCUAAACAUCUAAAGGAAUAUGUAAGCCACGGGGUUCAAGUGCCCUUUCUUUUAGGAUUUACUCGUAACGAAGGGAUAUUUAUGUUACGUAGCGACUUUUUUGGAGAUAUAAGCAAGGAAGAUUUGGGACAAGUAAAUGCUGAUUUUAAAAAAGCAAUAUUAUCAAACGUAUUAUCCGAAUUACCUAAAAUAGGAAUUACAGUUGAGGAAUUAAGAUCUUUAUAUUUUGGAAAAAGAAAAAUAUCAGAGGAAACUUUGAUAAAUUAUGCGUAUUUCUUAGGAGAUGAAUUUUUGAUACGCGAUAUAAUGAAUGUAUGUGAAUUGCAAAAGUCUUCUGGUGGUUAUAAAUCAACGUAUUUAUAUCAUUUCGAUUAUGAGAGCGAAACUUCUCUUAUGAAAAAAGUACAACGUUUCGGACUUCCAGGAGUAUCCCACGGAGAGGAUUUAUUUUUCUUAUUUUGCCCAGAAGUAGCGAAAGCAAUGAACUUGUCGCUACCCAAACCUGGUACGAAUGACUAUACGAUGAUAAAUUACCUUACGCAAAUGUGGACGGAUUUUGCUAAAACGGGAAGUCCCACGCCUACUACAAAUUCAUGGUUACCAUUAACCGGUCCACAAAAUGAAGACUACAAUUACCUAAAUAUCGAUAUAAAUCUACAAAUGAAAACCUUUCGUAAAGGAAAGGAACGCUGGAAUUGGGAAAGUCAUAAAAAAACGUUCUAAGGUUCUAUUUGCUAAAAUCUUUUCUGUUAAAAUUUAAUUUGUCUUUUAGUAUCAACUUUUGAUCUUUAUUGAAAAAACGACUAUAUUUAAGCUGGAAUUACACGAUGUUCGAUUUCUUGAAUGGUAAGUAUACAUGCACAUGUAUACUUAUUCUUAGGGUCAAUCAUGUAACCUUUCUAGGACAGAAAGAUGAAAAGUGAACAUUUUU